UGGGGGAGUGUGUGGAUGCUGACUACAGGAAUCGGAAGAAAGAUUUUAAGGGAAAAGGUUGAACAGUACAAUUGAACAGACAAGGGAUCAAACAGAGGAUAACACGACUCCUGAUAUUUCAGAACAGUUCUCCGCCAAAGAACUCCAUGGAUCUAGGGCAGCGUAUAAUCCUCUUCAUUUGUGCUGUACAUGCGGUUGCUUUGGGAUGUCCACCUCACUGCAAGUGCAACAACAGUGAUAUUUUAUGCCAUAAAUAUAAGUUUCAAGAUUUUCCAUCUCCCAUUCCCUUAAACACAAACUCUCUAUCCGUUUACAAUAGUGACAUCACCUCACUGAAAACAGAUGAUUUCAAAACAUCUGCAAAUCUUAUAGCCUUGGCAAUAUUGGGUUCAAAGAUCAGGCAGGUGCAACCUCACACCUUCGACAAGACAUGCAACCUAAUCAACUUAACACUUACAUCAUCUCAGCUGUCUUCUUUACCAGAAGAUCUGUUUCAGAAAUUGCAGUCACUUGAGAGGCUCAUUCUGAGUGACAACAAACUAAAUGCACUUCCUUUGUCAUUGUUUGCUAAUCUCCUAGCCCUGAAAGUCCUGGACCUGAGGAAAAACAUGCUGACAUCAUUUCCAGAGAAGGCAUUUCAGGGUCUGACUCGGCUAGAGAACCUUGUGUUACAGGAAAACAAUAUCGACACACUGCAUGCAGAGACUUUUCAUGAACUUCACAACCUCAGGGUCUUGUCCCUUAAAAACAACAAGCUGGGGUUGAUCCCAAAGAAGGUCUUUGAGCACCUGGUGAACCUUGAGGUCUUGCAUCUGCAAAACAACACCAUCACAGAGUUACCUGCAGAACUUUUCACACAUCAGCAGAAGCUACAAAAGCUCUAUCUCUCUAACAAUUUGCUCUCACUCCUUCCUGAAGGUAUUUUCUUGAACAUGCCCAGUCUACAGCAGAUCACACUUUUUGAUAACAAGUUGCAGACACUGUCCCCCAAUACCUUCGGCCCCAUGCCGCUGCUCCAGGAGCUGUGGCUGUAUGACAAUAAUUUAACUCGUCUUGAUGCUAACGUUUUCAGCAAUUUAACUCAUUUAAAACGUCUAAUUCCCAGCAGGAACCAGAUCUCGUCCAUCUCUCCUGGUGCCUUCAAUGGAUUGAUUGAGCUUGAAGAAAUUUCAUUACAGACCAACCACCUGAUGAAUCUCGAUGAAGGAGUGUUCAGAGGUCUUCCUAAUUUGGUUAACAUAUCUCUGAGGAACAACCAGAUUCAGCACCUUCCUGGGAAGCUUCUCAAUGGCCUCUCUUCCUUAAAGCAACUGGAGCUUCAAAAUAAUUCUCUAUCCUAUUUAUCAAAGGAGAUUUUGCACUCACUAACCAAUGAAACCAAUGUUGUGCUGUCUGAAAAUCCCUGGAGGUGUGACCGGGACAUUGUACCACUUCGAGACUGGCUACUGGGGCACCAAAAUAAAGUAAAUAAUGCAUCAUCUCUUAAGUGCUUCAGUCCUUCUCAGUUGAUGAACAUGACUAUUAUAAACCUUAAAGAUUAUCACUUUGAACCAACUACCGGAUUCACUACUCUCUUUCCUACUUUAUCUCAUAAGAGCACUACCGUACCUGUAGCUAACACAACAACACUCUCAGAUAACAAACCUCCCUCCCUCCAAUGGAACAAACACAUGAUGAUUAUUGCUGUGGUUUGUGCUGCAGUUAUUUUGACCAUCAGCAUUUGUGUUAUCUGCUAUAGAAGGAGCAAAAGACAUGGUAGUCGAAAUAUAGAACACUGAGCUUUUGAAGGACUCGGCUCCAAAUCACAGUUGGACAUUUUGUUAUAAUCAACUUUGUUAAAAUAUUCAAGCUUUGACUUUCUAAGAUCCUAAGUAAUGAACUGUUUUUCGACAAUAAAAAAAUUAUCUAGCGCUUAAGCACAUGAUAUACUGUACAUGUGGACCUGAAAUGAUCGCCAGGUAUUGAAACCCUACCCCGUCUUCUGCAAUUCUACAUUAUAGGAUUGUUUUUCAUGUCGAAUUUUUGUUAUUUUUUUUAACUGGAAAGAUUCUUACUUUCUGCCAAGACAAUCAUGAUUAAUAUUUUUUUUUUGGACAGCUAAUAUUAGCCAGUUGUACAUAGUACAAAAAAUGGUCAGUAACAGUGUACAAAUGAUUUUAUAUAGUUGUAAUAAUCACAAAGUGACUUGUAAUGCUUAGACUGUACAUACAAGUAUGGGAAUUUGCAGUAAUCUACCAUACAUGUAAUAUAAUUUACAACUAUUUGCACUUUGCAACUUUUUUCUUUUUUAAUUUUUAAUUUUAAUUUAUAUAAUCAGUAGUAGUAUAGGAUUUUCAUAUCUGAAAAAAAUUAAACAAUACACCGUAACUGCUUUAUUAUACAAAUUUUUAUACUUGAAAUUUCCAGCUUCCUUAAAUCACUUCUUUUUUUUUUUUACUCAAGACAAUAAACAUAAUUAAAAUGUACUGAUUAGAGUGUUUGGAUUAAUAUGUUAUACAGAGUUUAUGUUGUUUGUUAUAUGUGUAUUUUUUUCCCCUGACAAUCCAGUGUUGGCUGGUUAAGUUGCAUUUGAAAUGUUUGCACAUUUUAGCUGAAAUAAAGGCUGGCUUUUAGUACUUUAGUUCUUGGCCUGCUGUGUGAAACUUUCCUUUCCAGUGCGUGACCCCAGGUCACCAGCUCAUUUCGUGCGAUAUGUCAUUUAACCACUUCCCUUAUCCAGUCAUUAGCCUCCACCCACAUUUCAACAUUUUUUCCCCACACCAUAAAUACUCUAUAUUUAGAAUAUCUAUUUGUAACAUACAGUAUGGGAAUGUUAAAAUGCUCAAAAACUGUAAUUAUGAAAGAUGAAAGAAAAUGCAGUAAAUAUUUCACAAAAUUGAAUAAAGUAUCAUUAUAAAGUGAUGUAAAAUGAUAGUAUUCGUGUUUGAUGAUGACAAUGAUGAUGUGCUUUGCAUGUUUUAAGUUAUGCAAAUUUAAGACAUUGUACAUAUGACUGUUUAGCUUCUCAAUAAUAUAUGAAUUUUAAUCAUUGUUCCUGCUUGCCUGAUUUUCUUUUAUCAAAAUAUUCAAUCCUAAAAGUGCUAUUUGCUUUUUUUAUUUUUAUUUCUGUAUUUUAAAAUACAGCUUCAUUAAAACAUACACUAUAACCUUUGCUUGAUAAUUAUAAUACAUUUUAAGAAAUAAACAUGGUUAAGUAUCAUAACUGACCUUUUACAGUCUGUAAUCCUGUCUGUUGUGAUUAAAAAUACAAUACGUUCAUACAUCAGCCAAGACAUUAAAUCCAUUAAUAUCGGAACCACCUACAGCAGGUUUUGGGUCCCAGGUUGGUUGGCACCAGGAUGUUGGCAGCGG